AUGGCCUAUACAUUAGUUCAGUUCAUGUCAGGCAUACAAAUGGUUGUGAAGGGGCAAUAUAUAAUUGAUAAUCGAUUCAUAGAUCUGCCAGGAGUAAAAGAUUAUAUUGAAGUCAGAGUUGUAGGAAAACAUAGUGACUACACUCUAUUAAAUAACAUAUGUAUUCAAAAUAAUACUAGAAGCUUUGUUGUCUUACUGAAUAAAGAAGUGUGGCCUAAUGUGGCUCCUCUCAAGAUAGUGAUAAUUUCAGAUGUACAGCUCCUAGGGCCACUUGAAAUAAAUGAAAAGAGGAUGUCAUCUGUUCAUGAUGAAAUCAUCAGUACCCCAAGACAGUCUGAUUUAACGAAAAGUCCCAAAAACCUAAGUGUUGCUUUCCAGGAUCUAGAAACUGAACCAGAAAAAAAGACAGAUGAAACCAAUUGUAUUGUGGACAAUGGGAAUACAAUGCAAUUUUCCCAAAUAAAUAGAACACCCAUUAAACUAGACAAUAAUAAGUCUAUUUGUAAGAGAUUAUUUCUAGAUACCUCUGUCGAAAAUAAAGAGCCCAUUAGUAAUGAUUGGUCUGUAGCUGAAAUGCAUGAACUACAUGAGAAUACUAUGUCUUUAAGUAUGUCAAAUGAUCAUAUUGAUGUAAAUAAUGAAGCCAUUUGGACCUCUAGCAACUUGUCUAUUAGUCAGGUUUUGGAUCAGGUUAUUGAUGGUAUUCAUGAAAAUGAUGAGUCCAAUUGGUCUUUAACUGAAUUACAUGAAUUGGAUGAGAGCACAGGUUACCUUAGGCCCAUCACUAUGUCUAAUGGUCAGAUUGAUACUGCUAUUGUGAAAAAUAAUGAGGCUACUUGUACUUCUGGCAACUUGAAUUGGCCACAAGGAAGAUCCAGUACUUUGAAUAUGGAUAAUAAGGAUAAUGAAAAUAUAAUUGCCAUUAGCCCUAAAAGUAGAACACCAGUUUUACCAUCACGAAGACGAAAGAAAAAUGUUUGCAAAUAUUGCAAAAAAAAAAUUGUCAAAAUACCCCAACAUCUCCAACAAAAACAUUCACAGGAAUCUGACGUACAAGAAUAUUUGACUCUUCCCAAGAAUCAUCCUCGCAGGCAAGAAAUUAUUAAUUGUAUCAGAAGAGAAGGCAACUUCCAGCAUUUUAUGGAUAAUAAAACAGAGGUUGUGCCUGCUAGAAUGCUCCAUAAAAAAAUUAUGGAUCCCAAAAAUUAUUUACCUUGUGUAAACUGCAAAAUAUUAGUGACAAAAGGAGCUUUGAGUAGACAUUAUAAGAAGUGUACUAAUAUCAGCAAAUUGCUAGAAAAUAAUGUCACUUCCAGAGCUAAAGCACUAGCAUUAAGUCUGCCAUAUGUUUGCGGGGUAGUAAUGAAAAAUUUCAUAUUACCCAAAUUAUGUGAGGGGUACAUAAAAGAGACAAUAUGCUAUGAUCGAAUGAUUUUGAUUUAUGGUGAUGCACUCUGUGAGAAAUAUCGAUCUCAGCAUCAUUAUGCGAUGAUAAGAAAUAAAUUGAGGCUAACAGCAAAGAUUUUAUUAACAAUGAAAGAAAAUGAUCCUGACAUCGAUGACGUAGAAAGUAUAUUAGACCCUAGAUACUUUGACAAGUUGAUAGCAUGUAUAAACAAGCUAGGUCAAUAUGAUGAGAAUAAGGCAACAUAUUUGAAACCUACCAUUCCAACCACUAUUGGAACAAUCAUGAAAGUUAUGAUAGAUCUGUAUAUAACUGAAUGCAUCAAAAAUAGAUGGCAAGAGAAGAAAGAACGAGGAAAAGAACUACUACAUUUACUAACAACAUGCCUUCCAUCAAGAGUCAAUAAAACAGCCACUGAGAGUUUGCUGGAUAUAAAACGACAUAAACCAGUGGUACUACCCACCACAGACGAUAUUAAGUUGUUCAAUAACUACGUAUUGAAACAUCGUGACAUUUAUUUUGAGCAACUCCUGACUAAACCCUUUUUUGCAGAAAAUUGGAAUCAAUUGUCGAAAUUUACUCUCAUAUCGAUUUUGAUUUUCAAUCGUAGAAGACCAGGUGAAUUAGAACGUAUUCAUCUGGCUGAUUUAAAAAGCAUUCGAGCAAUCGAUCCAAGUAAUAAUGAAACAUUCCAACAACUUUCUCCAGAGGGCAAACGAGCACUGAAUCAAUACGUACGUUUUGUAAUACGAGGAAAACUGGCCAGGGGUGUUCCUGUUUUAUUGCAUAGUAAAAUGUAUGAAUGUAUUGAACUAUUGAUAAAACAUACAGAUGCUGCAAAGAUUCAUCCAAAGAAUCCAUACCUUUUUGCAUUACCCCAAGUUGAUCAAUUGGAAGUGAACAUUGUGUACAGGCAUUUACAAGCUACAGAUUUGAUUAGAUUAUAUUCCACAAAAUGUGAAGCUUCUAAUCCUAAAUCUUUAAGAGCAACAUUAUUAAGAAAGCAUGUAGCCACAAAAUCUGUGAGCCUUAAUUUACCUGAAAAUGAAAUAUCUUGUUUGCAGAAUUUCUUAGGUCAUGCAGACAAAAUCCACAGAGAAUAUUACCGGUUACCGGUAGUAAUGGAUGAUAUAAUUACCAUGAGCAAAGUAUUCAAUUUUGCUCUUGGUGAAACUGAGACACAAUCUUCAACGAAAAGGUAUAUCACUAACGAGUCUACAAAAAAGUUGCCUGAAGAAGGCGGUUUUAGUGUAGAAAAUAACGGUGACAAUGAUGAAGAAUCUAUUUGUUCAGCUGCAAAGAAAAACCGAGCUAACAGACCUAAAAGGUCAUCAAAGCAAUUGCACGAAUUUGAAGAUCUAUAUAAUAAUGAUAGUAAUGAAGUAGAUGGCAUUUCAGCUCACAAAGAAGAUGACAUGACAAAUAGAUUAAUAACACUGGACGAAUUGAAGAGUAUUGAUCAUGCAGACAGUUCCGAUUAUUUACCAUCGGGCUGUGAUAGUAGCGAGGAAUCUAGUGACGAUGAAAAAAAAAUGGCUCCUAUGCGACAUUAUGUUCCGAGAAGGACUUGGAGUACUCCUGAGAAACAUGCCGUUAGUAUGGUUUUCGAAAAUCAUAUAAAGAAUCGUCGUGUACCAACGAUGAAAGAGUGCAUUUCUGCGAUUUCAGAAAACCCGUGUUUGUCUACCAGAUCUGCGCCUCAGAUGAUAAGUUGGGUGCAACACCGUAUUCGUUCCUCAGGUAGUACUGAGUUUUUGAGAUAUAAAAAAUCAUUAUCCAAAAGUGGUCAUGGAAUUUUAUUUUGA